CGGUGGAGGAACCCGAUUCCCUUCCCCGAGACCUUUGCCGGCGACACCGACCGGCUCCCGGAGUUUAUCGUGCAGACGGGCGCCUACAUGUUGGUGGACGACACCCUGUUCUCCAGCGAUGCGCUGAAGGUGACGUUCCUCAUCACCCGCCUCACGGGGCCUGCCCUGCAGUGGGUGAUCCCCUACAUCAGGAAGGAGAGCCCCCUGCUCAAUGAUUACCGGGGCUUCCUGGCCGAGAUGAAGCGGGUCUUUGGAUGGGUGGAGGACGAGGACUUCUAGGCCAGGAGACCCUCGGGCCUGGGGACAGGUGCUCUCGGGGGAGGGUCCCCGCGCCGGUGGCUGCCGCCCAGACCGCCACAGGCGUCCUCCCACCGCGCCUCCCCGUCCCCGUGUUCCAGUGGCGGUGAUCUCCCCCGCGCUCCUGUUCCCUCCCGCGUAGUGCUUGCCUUUGUUCCAGGAAUAGCGCCCCAGGUUCCUGCUGCAGCUGGGCCUGGCUCCGGAGCGCGCCGCCGCCCUCUCCCGCCAGCCAGGCCCCUCCCGUGCGGACUUGGACUCUGUCCUGGGCUCCAGCUGCGAGCUGGGCUCCCGUUACACACUGGACAGACCCCCACAGACCAGCGGUUGCCAACCUCUCCCUGCCAGGCUAGCAGGCCUGCGUGGAUGUGCCCAGAGACCAGCGCUG